AUGAUUGUUAAGAAUUUUUGUCGUACUUUAAUUACGAAAAAACUAGUUUCUACUACAUGUGAAAGUGUUCGGUGGUUGAGGUACAGAAAACCCUUUUGGUUAGGAAUCGCCAAAAGUAAAAGGUUUAUCGUACCGGAAAAAAAAGAAAUGCCUUCUGAUGAUUUUAAUGAAUACCAGAGACUCAAAAUUGACUACAACAUUUCUAUGAACUCGUUAAAUCAAUUUAUAAAAAUUCACAACCCCGCAUGGGAAUCAGUCAAAUCGCAAUCAAUGACAGAAGAAGUUAUGAUAAAAAAAAAUUUAUUAGAAAAAAAAAAAAAAGAAUCAAUUGAAAUGAAUGAAAUUUGGAAUGCUCAGUCUGCGGAAUUUAGAGAAAACAGAAUUAAAAGUUUGUUGGAAAAGAAAGCAGAAAUGGCAAAUAAAAAAAUUGCUAAGGACGAGCAAAAAGCUAAACUUAAAUUAGAGCGGCUGGAUAGCAUAAUUAAAAAGGAAAAGGAAUAUAGUAAAACAUACAUAACUCUUGAAAAUUUAGAAGAAGCAAUUGAAAAAUGUUUAGAUAAUGUUACUAAUUACAAUUUUGCUAUCGAUUUAAAUGGAACAAAAUACUAUGGUAGUGACGUUUUAAUUGAUAACACUAAACCAAAAGAAAUGGCAGAAGAAAAUAUUUUUUAUAAAUUAAUUCAUUUGCAGAGUAAACUUGAGGAGCAAUUUUUCAAACAAACUUUAGUGAUUUUCAACAAGGUUUAA